AGUUAGAGUGAUUCCCACACCACAGCCGGAGGGUUUCCCCGAGCAGCUCUGCUUGGUAUUUGUCCGACUUACUAUGAAAGACAUUUUUACAUAAAUAUAAAGAACAGCUAGGCACUGACGUUUAACUACUUUGUAUUUUCUGCGUCGUCCUUGUGACAUGUCGCUGUUUGUGGAGGACCCGGCUCACCUCUCUAAGUCUAGACUCAAAUCGGAUUUAGUUGCCCACAAUGUCGCGCUGCCACCUGCCAAGAGCAAAAAGGAGGUAUACGUGGAGUUGCACUUAAAACACAUCGAUCAGAAAAACGCAGCGGAUUUUUCCAGCGACGAGGAGGAGGAUCGAGAUCAAGAUGUGGCAGACGAAGAGGAGGAUGCAGAGCUGCCCGACCCGAGUGGUUUGACUGACGACGACCUCAAGGCCGCACUGCUCGAACGCGGGAUUAAAGCUGGACCCAUAGUCGCCUCCACCCGAGCCUUGUAUGAGAAGAAACUCAGGACACUGCUUCAGACUGAGGGACAUGGCCACAUGAACGGAGCAGAGAAAGGUGUAUUGUACUCCGACAGUGAAGAGGACGAGGAAAAUGGGGAGGAGGAGGCCGAGGUGUCGGGUUCAGAAGGAGCGAUAGAAGACACAGUUGAACAGGCGGAUCAGGCUCAACAGGAAAGUAGUCAGGUAGAGUUGUGUUUUCAGAACGGUGGUUUUGUUUACCCGCAGUGCUUUGUACCCUCAUCAAGGCUGCGAGCUUGUGCUUCUAGAAUCAGGGAACCCGGUCCCAAGUGGAAUUCAGGGAAUGCGGUAAAAUCAUCAGAGCGGAGUCGGCCUCAACGCUCACAGAUUCCCAUAGGAAUUAGUAGAGCAUCCUCUGUAGAUCAACGCUCGGGAUUAGGAUCAGGGUUUCCGUCUGGAUCGCAGUCAGUCAUAUCCAAUGGUGGCUCAUCGUUUUCCUCUCAGGCCUUCAGCAUCACUCAAAUGGUUGAGGAGAUGGAGAGUCGGAAGUCACUCUCCACUAGCACAGACACUGAGAGAGAGUUGAAUGGGAGCAAUGUGCAGGAGCAUUGGUCACGGUCCAACGGGCUGGUCAUGCCAGUUGUGGACACCAUGAAGAACCGGUCCCUGUACUACACUCCCAAGGCGUCACCUUAUAAAUGGGAAAUGAAGCUUUGUCAGGAGCCUGUGAAAGAGACACCCAAAGACAUGUUUCCAAACACUGAUGCUACACCCACUGGGAUCUACGCCACACGUCGGAGACCCAUCAAGGGGGCGGCAGGCAGACCUGUCCAGUAUGUGUAUCCAGACACUCCUGCCAGUCCCACGACCUUGGAGAGACGAGAGGUGGAGCGCCGCCUUGUGCCCAUCCACAUACAGAUUUUUGUCUUUCUCAUCGUAGCGUGCCUCCUGUACGUCAUUUAUAGUUGUGUUGAGGACGACUCAUUCAGUCCAUUUGUGGUGUUACUGGACAGUCUGAACCAGGGGUCAGACAGUGAGGAGGGGCAUUUGCUUGAGGCUGAGAUACAGGGAACACCAGCGCUUUCUGAACAGGAGUAGCUGUUUUUUUAAACCCUUUACACUGACUUACAAAUGUUGCUUUUUCGCUGAUGCAAGCCUUGUUCUGGCAUAUCUUCAGGGAGCACAGAUUUCUUUACUAUUGACUUUGUGUGUCUGUAUGGGAGCAAACCUCAAAGUCCAGUUUUACAUUAAUAUAUGUUUUGCUUAUGGAUGUGUUGCCAAAGUGUAUUGUCACUGUAGUUGAAACAGUUGUUAAAACGUGAAUUAAGUUGUGACUUAGAAGAUUUUUUCAAAUUUAUAAAUAAUAAUGAUAAUGCUAUAAUGUUUUCUAUUACCUUACUCAAUUUGUGUAAUGCCAUGGUGCCUACUUUAACUGUACUUGUAUGAUUUUUUUUAAGACUAUUUGAACCAUAUUUCAAUAAAGGAUGUGUUGCUUCA